GUUGCAUGUUCUCCACUCUGGUCAGAUUCGGAAAGUGGAUCUGUACCUGCAUUUAGUUCAUUUAUCUCAGCGGCUUACUAUUGGUCAAUUCUUCAAGAAAUUUCAAUAAGCUCGGGGGUACCGGCCAAUGGUAGAGACGGUACGGAUCCGUAGAUUACGCUACUAUGCCAGGUACCUACACCCGCCCAAUGCACCCCCGUUCUCCUGUUUUUUUUUUUUCUUCUUCCUCCUCUCUUACAACCCUCGUCCGCCCCGUCUGACCGUCUCCGCUCUCUCUCCUUCUCCUUUGCUGGAGUUGGUCGUUUCUCCGUCUUUUCGCUCAUCACGGGCCAAGUCACUCCUUAUUUCGCUACCUCUUCGCUCGUUCUUUGGUUUUCUUGUUUAUUGUCGGUCGUUAUCGUGGAGAUUCAUCUCCUAGUCACUCUUUUGAAGUAUAUACAAACUCUCGUUUUAAGACGUACGAAGUCUUGGGAUAUUCAUCGCAAAAUCCAUUCUUUUGUGCGCACCUCGCAACCAAACUAAAGGACCUAACGAUCGA